CCGUAUAGCUCCUCAGUGACAUCACACAGGCUCCGCCCCCACGCUGCCCACUCCCGAUACUUCUGCGGCUCGCAGGCGCCCCGGAAGCUGCCCCUGCUCGGGGGUCACGAUGGGCAGCAAGAUGGCUUCCGCCAGCAGGGUCGUGCAGGUAGUGAAGCCACAUGCUCCAUUAAUAAGGUUCCCUGACAGAAGAGACAAUCCUAAACUCAGUGCCUCAGAAGCUUUGAGAUCUGCUGGGCUACCCUCUCACUCGUCUGUAAUUUCACAGCAUUCUAAGGGAAGUAUAUCCCCAGAUUUGAUGAUGCAUCAGGGGCCACCAGACACUGCAGAAAUAAUAAAAACAUUACCUCAGAAAUACAGAAGGAAACCUAUGUCUCAAGAAGAAAUGGAAUAUAUCCAGCGUGGAGGCCCAGAAUGAUCAUUAUGGCUGCUGUUUGUCAUCAGACAAGAGGAUUAUCUUUACGAUAAAGGACUUCCAAAACGUGAAAUGAAAAAUUGUAUAUUAAACAACCUUAAUAAAUAUUCUGCAAAAAGAAUGAAGUAUAGAAACUGUAGGUGGCCACUUGUAUCUCCUCCUACUCUAUGUAUCUUAGC